UAUAACCUGUGGUUAUCCUAAUCUCAUUGUACUUUUCAAUCUUUACGCGGUUGUUUCGUUAGUUUGAAUUUUAGUUUCUAGUUAUGAUCCACUCAAUCUCCUCUGAUUAGUUGAAUCUCUGUGUUUGUUCAAUCCCCAAAAAUAAAAUAAUAAUAAUAAAUUAAUUAAUUAAAUAUUAUUCUCUCACCACACAAAACAAACACAAAGACCAACCCACAAUAUAUAUAUACACGUAUGUGUUUUGUUUAUACAUUAUAUUGUGAUUGUUAGGGUUUUGUUGUCGAAUUCGUGCUUGACUUUGUGAUUAACGCGUCGUUUUGCAAUUCAUUGAAGCUUCCUGCUACUUCCCCUGUAAUGGGUCACUUGAGUUUAGUUCAUCUAUUUAUUGUUUGGUAGUAGGCCUUUUUUGGGUGUUAUUAUUAGAUUUUGAGAAUUUUUAAUUUUUAGUUCUUUCCAACUUGUUAGCCAUUUUGUACCCAAAAAAAGAAAAAAGUUGUUAGUGAUUCAAUUGUGGUGGUUCUCUUUGAUGGCAAUGAAACGGCUUUUGAGUUUUAAGGAGGAUGAUGAUGGCUCUAGGGAAUCCAAACGAAGAUUUAUGUUUGCAACUGGCGUUACCAGAGAUGUGAUGCGAGGAUUUUCACUGCAUGAAUUUGCAACAAUGUUUGAACCUCUUUUGCGAAGAGUGGUGCGGGAUGAAGUGGAACGCACGAUUCCACGCUUUUAUCGCUCCUCUCCAAGAUCAUCACUUAAUCAACUUGAGCCAUCUCAAUCAAGGAAUUGGCAAUUGCACUUUGAUGAUAAAUUGCCCUCUAAACUGUUCACAGGCAGCAGGAUAGAAUCUGAGGAUAGUAAAACAAUAAAAAUUGUUAUACUUGAUGCUAUUUCCAAGAAGAUCGUAACAUCUGGCCCUCUAUCUUCAGUCAAGGUUGAAAUUGUGGCCCUUGAUGGUGAUUUUAGGGCUGAUGGUCAAGAGGAUUGGACUGAGGAAGAGUUUAAUGCAAAUGUUGUACGUGAAAGAGAAGGCAAAAGGCCGUUGGUGAUUGGGGAAUUGGUAAUUACAUUAAGAGAUGGAGUUGGUUACGUUGCUGAUGUCAGCUUUACGGAUAACUCAAGCUGGAUAAGAGGCAGAAAGUUUAGAUUGGGAGCGAGAUCUGUUCAAAGCAUUUCCACUGAUGUACGAAUUAGAGAAGCAAGAAGUGAAGCCUUUGUAGUAAAAGAUCAGCGUGGAGAGUCGUAUAAGAAACAUCACCCUCCAAACUUGGUUGAUGAAAUAUGGCGCUUGGAAAAGAUAGCAAAAGAUGGUGCAUUUCAUAAAAAGUUAGCUGACAACGGCAUUACCACCGUUGGGGAGUUCCUGCAGUUUUAUCAUGCUGACCAAUCUUCACUAUGCAAUAUACUUGGUUGUGGGAUCUCAAACAAGAUAUGGGAGACAAUCAUAGAGCAUGCCACUGCUUGUGUUCUAGAUGAUAAGUUGUACACGUACUAUAGGGAUGCGGAAAGGGUUGGACUUGUAUUCAAUUCCAUCUACAAGCUUGUAGGAGUGAUCAAUGAUGGCCAAAAUUACCAGUCGCUGGAUAAGCUCAGUGUAUUUCAGAUGCAGGGUUUGGUGGAAAAUUUGAAGAAACAUGCUUAUAAAAAUGUGAAUGACUGGGUUCCACUUGAUGAGGCAUCAGCAUUUGGACCUGCACUGCUAGUUGACCCAGUUAGCAGUCUGCAGCCUGUUAACUUCCACCAAGAUCCGCUAGAGAUGCAGCUGGCUUCCAAUCAUAUGAUGUCUUUGCAGCCAUACACUUACGAUGCUCAAGAUGGUAGUCAACUAGAAGUUUCUGCGGCACAGCAUUAUCAGCCAAUGCAAUUGUUCACUCCAGCAUUAGGGAAUUGUUUGAUGGCAGCAGAUUCUUGCUCUGGACCCUACGGUGGAGGAGACAGUUGGGCUCCAAGUGGAUCUCUGGGCUCAUUCAUGCAGAUUGGUCAUCUAACUGCUAAUGACAAUUCUCAGGAACAAAAACCAACUUGGCACGGGAAUGGAUUGUUCUUCGCUCCAAAUAAUGAAACAGUUGGAAUUCUUUCUUCUAAUUUUGAUAUCCAUAUUUCAAGGAAUGGAAAACCUAAAGCUAGGUGGUGUAUGAUUCGGGCUGCCAUGAAGUGGGGAAUAUCGGUUAGGCGGGAUGUGGAGGCUAAAAAAUGGCAAAGUUUUUUUAUCUGAAUUUCUAGGCUUUAGUUUUUGAGCAAUUGUCUCAAAAUGAUAGGAGAUAAAGCUUCUCCUCAAUGGUUUAGGCCAACUUUUAUGAAUGCUAGGUUUUUUCUUAGCAUCAAAGGACAACAAAAAGUUCUUUCAAGUUAGAGAUCACAAGAUCAUAUUAUGUCAGUUUUUUUGGAUGUGGCUGCUAAAUGAAUGACAACCCAUCUGAAUCUAGAUUACUGAUUUUCUUUUUGUUAUGCAGUUGUCUUAGAACUUAGGAUGUAGCCAUUUCCUAUGUGUU